AUGAGGAGAGAUGUGGUGGAUAUCAGGGAUAUAAUGGAAAAUCAAGUGACAAGUGUUUAUGGCAGUACCAUUUUGAGUGGAAGUUGCGGAGAAGGUUUCAGACUGAAAGGAUCCGAUCAAGACGUGAUGCACUGGCCAAAUAAUCACCGUGUGAUCUGGGACUUAUCUCAAUCUCAGUAUUACAACACACGUAGAGAAACACUGAUCCUCUGUGACUGUUCUGAUAGUCCACCAGGAUUCACUUUGUUAUAUCUACUGUCACCAAGCAUGCGCAGAGUUAUUCAGAGAGCUUGUGUUAGAAAGUAUAAUAGGCUUUACAUAUCUAGUUCUAUACACAGACAGAUCAUGUGUUCACCUACUACCACUCCACAUCGACCACAACGUAAGCAGCAUGGACCCUGUGCCACUUAUUCACUUGGAACAACAGAAUAUGAUAUUGCUUUCUGUUUUGCCAGUGACUUUUGGCCUCCAUCUGCUUCCUCGUGGAUAGACAGAUGUCACUCAUGGCCCCAGCCUCAUGUUGCUAAUGAUAUACUAAGAACUGGAUGUCUCUUUGUAGCAAUAGGACAUAAGCUAGGAAGACAUGAAAACCAUGAAUGGAGAAUCUCUUUCUCUCUCGCAGAACAAAAACUUGUGUAUGCUAUGAGCCACUGUCAAUUCUUAACUUAUGGCUUGCUUAAAUUGUUUUUAACAGAAAUAAUUAACAAUAGUGUGGGCAAUGAUGAUAAGUUAUUGUGCUCUUAUCAUAUAAAGACAGCAGUUUUCUGGGUGAUUCAACAAAAUAUAAUACCUUACUGGUGCCCACAAAAUCUCCUUGAGGGUUUCUGGGUCCGUUUUAAACUCCUUCUCAAAUGGGUGUAUGAGGGCAUAUGUCCUAACUUUUUCAUCCCAGAUAACAACAUGUUUAUAAGUAAAAUUCAUGGCAACAAACAGCAUCAAUUAUUUACCAGACUGUACUGUUUGUAUGAGAAGGGUUUAGUAUUCCUGCUACAGAUUCCUUCCAUAAGGUCUUAUAUUAUAGAUGUCCUUCAUAACCCCACACUCUCCGUAUGUACAGAUGAACAAACUUUGAUUUCUGAGGCUGAUUUUGAUGUAAACCUAAUUAGUGAAAUAAACUGUAUUAUUACAGUACCCAUUUCGAACAUGCAACAAUGUAUGAAAUAUCUACAAACCAUAGAACGGAUGAUAGGUUUACCUCUCUUGACACAGUAUCAAGGCCUCAUGCUACAAAGAUUUACAGUUUCUGUCCUUCAGAAUGCGUCUUUUAUAUUACACAUGAAAACUUACGAAAAUGAAAACAGACUGAGGUAUAGAGCCGACAAAAUCUCCUGUCACAUGCUGAAAUUAGCAGCCAAGUUUGGUUGUAUUACUGACAUGAUGUACAUAGCAAUGUAUUAUUACAAGACACUUAGAUACCUGGAAGCUUUAUCAAUUAUAGAUAUGAUCAAGGUCAAGUUAGCACAGCCAUAUGUGAUGCAUUACGAUGCUGUAGAUACAGUGAGGUAUACUGAGGCUUUGGAGGGACAGACCUGGUCUACAAAGAUGAGACAGGCUGUAGCAUUGGAUGUCAGACUUUACAAAAGAAUCCAUUACAUCCCUGAACUGAUUCUAGAACUACAGCCUGCUCUACAGAUUGAAGUGCCUGCAUUGCAAGUCCCACAUUUAGUAAUGAUAUACAUGCUAGAGAUCUUGUGCUACAUACAUGUAGACAUAAUGAAAAUACAAACAGCUCUAGAUGAUCUACAGACCCUAGUUCACUAUGAUCCUGGACAGAUUAUACAUGUAAAUUUCAGAGACAUACCGUGGCAUAUUUUGGGGAUCUGUCAACAUGUGACAGGGAACCUCCAGGCUGCUCUAUACUCAUACCAACAAUCUCUCAGACAUUUAACACCAUUCUACAAUAUACAAACAAUAACAGGAAUGAGAAUAAGCGAAAUUAUAGAAUAA